CAGAGCCCGUCAGUCCAGCUCGAUUGAACAUCCAGCUGGACCAGCUUCAGUCUCAGUCGGCGGUCCACGGAGACGCUCCAGGUGUGUCGGUGUCCUGGUCUCGCUCUGCCGGUCAUGUCGACUGGUACGAUGUGUCUUUGGAGGACUCCAGCUCUGGAUCCACCCGCAGGAUAAGAAUCAUGGACUCUGCAGCCCCCCAGUCUGGUUUCAGCUCCCUGCUCCCUGGGACUCUGUACACCAUCAGCGUGGUGGCCACCGCCGGGGACAAGAGCGCUCCACCCAUCCUCAGGACAGCAGCUACAGCUCCGUCCUCUGUCCACGGCCUCCAGGUGGCAUCCUCGUCCUCAGACUCCCUCAGCGUCUCCUGGUGGGUCGGUCCUGGCCGAGCCGAGAGAUUCAGGGUUCUGCUGACAGAUCAGGACUCCGUUCUGCUGAAGAACGUCACUCUGCUGAACACGGCAACCUCUGCUGAGCUGCGUGGCCUGCAGCCCGGGACCCCGUACACCGUCACCGUGGUAACUGAAGCUGUUGGCCUGCAGAGCUCCACAUCCAAACAGGCGGUCACAGUCCCGGCGCCGGUCUCAGACCUGCGGCUGGAGAACGUUGGCAACUCCGAUUUUCUGCAAGCGUCCUGGCACUCACCUGCAGGGGGUGUGGACACCUACCUGCUGACUCUGUCCGCUGUGGGGUCCCCCCCCCAGGAGCACCGCCUGCCGCCCAACGCUACCCGAGCGGAGUUUGAGGGUCUGACCUCCGGACGCAGCUACCUGCUGCGUGUCAGGACUUCCUACGGGGGGCUGAGCUCCGAGACCACAACCAGUGCGAGGACAGUCCCUCAGCCGGUGUCGUCUCUCGCUAUGGCACCGCUCAGUGAUGGCAGGACGCUGAUGCUGCACUGGGCACCGCCCACAGGAGACUGGGAGAAGUACGGCGUCCUGCUGAGGAACGCCUCUGAGGUUCUGCUGAAUCGCACCGUCAGCAAACUGACCCGCCAGCUCGCCAUCUCCGCCCGUGACUUCGGCCUGCUGCCGGGGCGACGCUACGAGGCGGAGGUCACCGUGCACAGCGGUGUGCUGGGUAACACGGCGCGCUGUAUUGGACGCCUCGCUCCUGGUCCCGUGCAGCAGCUGCUCGUCCGUCACGUCGAUGAGACGUCUCUGAGCGUCCGCUGGGGGCCGCCGCUCGGGGACUGGGACAGCUUCACGGCUCUCCUCAAGGAGGUGGACCCCGCAACCACGGCGGCUCAGAGGGUCGUCUCCUGGGAGGCCAGAGAGGUCACCUUUAAUGGCCUCACCUCAGGACGCCUGUACGCCGUCACCGUGACGACCCACAGCGGCAACCUUAGCAGCUCCGCCUCUGUGACUGCACGCACCA